AUGAAUCCAUUUUAAUAGAUUCCCACUUUACCAUAACUUUAAUAUUGUCCCUAAUUACAAUAAUUGUAAUAACUUCAACAGCUACAAGUAAAUUCUUAUGUUGUUAACCUUUAGUAUUUACAUUUACUUUGUGCACUCUAAAGCAAUAUUACCAAUCAACCAAAUCUACAAAUACCAUCACUCAAUCCUCUUCAACAAAUAUCUCUUCUUUCUUAAUCAUCUCAAAGAACAAUACCGAUAGUAUAAUAACCUGAUAUUCGAACGAAGAAAAGUUAAUCAGAAAGAGUUUUACCAAAACAAAAGAAAGAAAAUGAAAUUCUGAAACAAUAUACAUAAGAUGAAAUCUUAUAGGAACUCAAAUAAUUAUUAGAAUAUCUUUGUAAAGAGGAAAUUAAGGAAUUGGAGCAUGAUGAGAAAAUUAAAUAUAAAGUAUAUAAAAAUUUUGAUAAAAUUAUUUUAGAUCUUAACUAGAAUAGAUGAUGGAUUGAUAGAAUCACUGAUCAAUCGAUAUCAAAAUCAGAAAAAAACAAAAGAAGAAUAAAUCAAAUUUAUUCUUAGAAAAUGCUUUAAAUAUUUGAAAUAAAAGAUGAACUUAAAUGAAUUGACAAUGAGUGCUUAUGAAAUUGAAAAAGUAUUCUAUAAAGAAUAUUUUUCUUCUAAUGACAAUAUUGAAGAAUUAAUUCCCUUUAGAUCUGAGUCUUCAAAUAAAACAAUGAAUACAUCAUAUUUAAAGAAAAUUUUUUCAUCUGAAAAAUUUUAUGAGGGAUAUCUCUCUUAUCUUGGUAACAUUUAUUAUUUAAUCUUAUAGAACAUUUUGAUGAAAUAUGGGAUCAAGAAAAUAAUGAAAAAAUUUAAAAUAUGGCUAAAUAAGUCUUAAAGUUUAUUGCUUCUGGAUAAAUCGAUGUAUAUAUAUUUAUUUAUAUUCAAAAUAUAGAAAAUAUCCACAUACAAAAGAGUACCUUGGAUUUCGUCAAUGAAAUAACGUUGUUAUGAAUUGGCUGUUUCGUUUAAAGCAUACCAUGAAUAAGAAGAAAUCUGUAAAAAAGUAAAAUAAGAAUGAC